UACAAGAGGGAGGGAGAGAGAGAGAGAGCAGAUCCAAUGGCGGAGGAGGUGAAGCUGCUGGGGUAUUGGGCGAGCCCUUACAGCCGUCGGAUCGAGAUGGCGCUCAAGCUGAAAGGCGUUCCGUACGAGUACUUGGAGGAAGACGUGUUCAACAAGAGCCCUCUGCUCCUACAGCUGAACCCAAUCCACAAGACUAUUCCUGUUCUCGUCCACAACGGCAAAACGAUCAACGAGUCGCUCCUCAUCCUCGAAUACAUCGACGAGACAUGGACUCAGAAUCCCAUUCUCCCUCAAGAUCCUUACGAGAGAGCCAUCGCUCGCUUCUGGGCCAAGUUCGUGGAUGAUCAGAUUUUUUCAGUGGGAUUCAAAUCGCUGAUAAGAGCAGACAAGGGAAGAGAAGCUGUCAUCGAAGAAACACAACGGCUGAUGAUGUUUCUUGAGAAGGAACUAAUCGGAAAAGAUUUCUUCGGGGGCAAGAAACCCGGGUUCGUGGAUGUGGUUGCGGGUUCGAUGAUCCCGUUCUGUCUGACGAGAGGGUGGGAAGGAAUGGGGAUCGACAUGAUUCCGGAAGAGAAGUUUACGGAAAUUCACAGGUGGGUGGGAAACCUGAACGAGAUAGAGGCCGUGAAGGAGUGUGUUCCCCCCAAGGAGAAACAUGUUCAACAUAUGAUUAUCAUUCGCGAGAGAUUCAAAGCACCAUCGGCCUAGGGCAACGGCAUUAGAACUCAUGAAUCUUUAUGCUCUGUUUUCAUAAUGUAUUCAGAGAAUCUACUCAAUAGGACAGAAUCGAAUGUUUCCUUAUUCUUGGAAAGCUUUUCUGUGCUGAUUGAACUGAUAAAACGCAGUUUAUUACAGUAUUUGUAUGAGCUCAAGUUUACUCA